GGCCAAAUAAUUUCAAAAUCAACAAGGCCCAUACCGAUGUGGAUCCGAAGAAUGAUAAAAAUAAAAAAAGUUGACGUUUAAACCCACCUGCGGUGGCCUAAACCCUUACAACCGUCGAUGGAGCCGGAGCUGGUGAUCGCUUCGUCGUCGAUCGACGGCGGCAUCAGCUGCUGGGACCUAAAUUCCGGGGCGGAGCACCUCCGCUUCCGGACUUGCUCUUCCCCUCCUCACGGCCUCGCGUCCGUGGGCGGCCGCUUCCUCGCCUCCUCUCAACUCCGCCAAUCCAAAUCAUCUGCCGUCUCCAUCUUCUACUGGUCCUGGAAUAAGCCUCAAGUAGAAGCUAAAAGCUUCCCAGCUGAAGAAAUUGGCCCUCUUGUUUCUAAUGCCGAUGGAUCAUUUAUAGCUGGAGGUGGUGCUUCCGGAGAUAUAUACCUAUGGCAGGUUGCUAGCGGGAAACUUCUCAAGAAAUGGCAUGCUCAUUUCAGGGGAGUUACUUGUUUAGUUUUCAUUGACGACCAAUCGUUGCUGGUUUCUGCAUCAGAGGAUGGAAGUAUUCGAGUUUGGUCACUUAUAAUGGUAUUUGACGAUUCUAUGAGGAAACAGGCAGAACGCCCCUAUGAGCAUAGCUUUUCUAAACAUACGUUGAAGGUGACUGAUAUUGUGGUUGGAAGUGGAGGGGUGAAUGCCAUAAUAAUAUCUGCUUCUGAGGACAGGACUUGCAAGGUGUGGAGCUUAUCAAGAGGGAUAGUUUUGAGAGAUGUUGUGUUUCCAUCAAUAAUUGAUGCUAUUGCGUUAGACCCUGGCGAGCAUGUAUUUUAUGCUGGUGGUAGAGAUGGAAAGAUAUAUAUUGGCGCGCUUAAUGCUUUGUCCAUUUCAAACAGUAACUAUGGGUCACACAUAAUCGGCUCUCUUACUGAGCAUAGCAAGGGUAUCACAUGUUUAGCUUUUAGUAUGGAUGGAUUCAAGCUAUUGGCUGGGUCAGAAGAUGGCUUGGUUAGAGCCUGGGAUACUAAAAGCCACAGCAUCACUCGCAUCUUUAGGCAUGGGAAAGGACCUGUUAACAAUAUCCUUGUUAUUAGACCACCAUCAUGUAUGACUUCACGAACGUCCAAUGCUCUGCAUUCUUCCUCAACGAAGAGGCUAGGAUUUCGAAUGCCACCACCAUUAGAAAAAUUUUCUAAUUCUCUUGAUGAAAAUGAGGAGGUUAAAGCAUUCAUUUACCCACAAAGCAUCCCAAACACACAUACCGAACCAUCGUAUAUCACUAUCCAAACCAUGAACAAACAAAUCAGAGAACUCGAGCAAAGCAGUUCUUCUGUGGCUAACGAAGUGGAGAUGGAACGGCUAAAGCUAGAGCACAAGAAAUCGAUGCAGAUGCUUCAGCAAUGGCAAAAGACGUACCAAAACUUGCACCAGUUUUGUGUCACUGAGCUUCUAAGUCACGCGGAGGGCACGGAGCGAAUCGAAAAUGGUGCUGAUGGCCAAGGCAUGUGAGGUGAUCUUUCUGACAUUAAACAUGGGCAUUUUUUAGUAUUAUAUUUAAAAAAAGAAGAAAAAAAAGAAAUAUGAAAUACCGGAGUAUGUCUUAGUUCAUUGCUUACAGAUCUUACUAGAAAGGGUGAGAAACUACGAAAUUUGGUAUUAAGUUACUUGUUUAAUUUCAUGGGGCCGGUCUUCAUUGCCUACCCAUUCUAAUUGCAUUCUACCUUUGGGUUCAACUUGUUGGAUCUCUUGACUUUCAUUUAUGGUGUGUGUGUGUGUCUGUUCAUGAACGGACUUCUCAUUUUCUCACUCUGUUGAAGUUGACGGUAAACUGUAAUUUUUG